AUGAAUUCAAUUCAAUCAAUUUUGAUAACACUAAUGAUGAUGGUCAUGAUGAUGAGUAUGGUCAUCGUUUCAAAUGAAAUUCAAUGGAAUGUCUGUAAUCAUUAUGAAGAUUUUUCAAUUGCUGAAAAUACAAAAUAUAUUUCACGACAAAGUUUGAAUGAACAACAAUUUCAUCGAUUUACCAUGAUUGACGCUGUGAAUUCCAUGAAUGCUCUCAAAAACCAAACAUAUCGAACCAAAGCUGAAUGCACUCAAAUCAAUGUUCCUCUCGAUCACUCGUCCCCUCAAAAUUCCGAAACAAUUAAAUUAUUUGUCAAACGAUUGAGAGCUGACUCCACAAAGAAUGCUCCUCGUGCAUUAUGGUUACUAGCUGGAGGUCCAGGAGAGGCCAGUAAUUGUUUUGACUUGGACAUGGACUUGUUAGUGAAAAUGUUGGACGAUCAAUUUGACAUUUACACAACAGAUCAUCGAGGAGUUGGUCGAAGUUCUCGUGUGACGUGUGUCGCAACACAAGCAGAGACUCCAGGAAGUGAUGAAGGAGUUUUUAUUAGUGACAAGGAAUGGACAAAGAAUGGAUGUGCUCAAGCUUUUGAAAAUGAAUGGUCUGGAAAAACUCAUCUCUUUUCAUCAAAGCAAGCUGGAAUUGACAUGGUCCAACUCAUUCAAUCCAUCAAUAUUCCUCAAAAUCAACAAGUAUUUGUCAUGGGCCAAUCUUACGGUACUGUUUGGGUUUCAAGAAUGAUUCGUUAUUUAGAAUUGACUGGUAAUCCAAAUUUAAUCUCUGGUUACAUUAUGGAUGGAGUUGUCAGUACCAUUGGAAAACCAGCUCCAAUGGGAAUGAACGAAAAUGAGAAAAUUGGAAGUCUUGUCUUUAAUUUAUUUGAUGAAGAUUUCACAGCAGUUGGAAAUGCUCUCAUGCAACUUUGUGGAGGAAAUUUCUCAGGAAUUGCAACCUCUCAAUUUGUUGCAGAUGGUCGUGACACUUCCAUUCUUCAAAACAAACAACUCUAUUCAAAUUUCAGAAAUGAAUGUAAAGAAAAAUUUGAAAAAGUUCUCAAGAAUGGUGGAGAUUUAACCUCGUACAUGCAUCGAGUAUUAAGAAGUGUCUAUGUGAAUGAAACUUGUCGACCAAUUUCAGAAGGAAUUUCACUUUUUGAAUGGAAAGGAAUUUUCACCCAUUUAAUUUCAAAUCAAUAUGGACGAAUGCUCAUUCCUGCAAUUUUUUACCGAAUGGAUCGAUGCGAUGAAUAUGUAGAUAUUCCAUUUUUACUUCAUAUCAAAAAGAUUUUCAUGCCAACUCAAAGUUUGACACAACAGGUACCUCUCAGGUCAUUGGUUUUAGGAUAUAACAUUGCAUUUUCAGAAAUGUGGGAUUCCAAUGUGAAAUUAGAACAAUUAAUGAAUGAAUGGAAUAGCUCAGAAAUUUUAAUGGGUGGAAUUGGAGUUAAUUUUGCAUCUAGAUUGAAUGUUACUCAAUGGCCCACCUAUACUCCUGACGCUGAUUAUUUCCAACAGAAAUUCACCACCAAUAUUCCACUUUUAAUGUUAAAUGGUAAUUUAGAUCCCAACACUCCAUUAUGGUCUGCAUUGUCACAAAAUGCAUCGAUGGGUGGAAAUUCACAUGAUCUAGUUAUUAUCCCAUUCUCUGUUCAUUGUACUUUGGAAUCGAGUCCAACUGUGGCAGAAUCCUUCAUUCCAGUUGGAAUGCAAUUACUAGUCAAUUUCAUUACCAUGGAACAACCCAAUGUCUUUCUCAUGAAUCGAACAUGUUUGGAUGAAAUUAAUUUCAAUUUCACAGGAUCAUAUUUUUACAAUCAACGAGUAUUUGGAGUUUAUAAUUUAUAUGAAGAUUCUUACAUUUCAGAUUCGAAUGUGCCAUACGUGAGUCUCUAUCUCAUGGUUGGAAUAUUUAUUGCCAUUCUAGUCGUUGCUGUAAUUAUUGCAAAUACCUUAAUUUAUUGUAUUGUCAAGAUGAGAGAUGAACAACGAUUGAGAAUUGAGAAUUCUCGAGUGGAAGGUAUUCCUGUAGUUCCUUCUUCGUUGCGCGCAGGAAGUAGCAGCUAUCAAUCUGUUUCAGAAAAUUAA